AGGGUUGGGUCGCCCUACCGCAGGGAGCGCGGUCGAAUCACCGAGCGCGCCUCCGUCGGAUCUCCUCUUCCUGCCGUCACACCCACUGCUCGGUGCUUUGGUUCACCCCUUAGAGAAGGGGAGGACCGACAGCACACACAGCAGCAGAGACUGCUGCAGUGCGAGCGCAGCGGGGGACUCGGCAGCGGAGAGAGAAAAACGCACACACGCAUACACACAUCCGCAUCCUUAUUGCCGAAACUUGGUCUGUGGAGAGAUCUGCAGCGGCGUCGUAGCGACGCAGGUCGACAUGGAAGAGUAUUUGCGGAGGGUCCAGAGCAGACUCGGGGCGGAGCAGUCAGAGGAUCCCAUCCAUGUUGUUUUAGGUGGGCCAGAGCCAGAUGUUGACACUUUAGCUGCAACACUAUGCUUGGCACUGCACCUGAGCCAGAAGGAGGAAACAGGCAGCACGUGUCUCCCACUUUUGUGUGGCAGGCGAUGUGACAUCGUGUUGCCCAGGGAGACGGUGAGAUAUCUGCAGAGGGUGAACAUUUGUGAGAGCUCACUUUUGUGGAGGGAGGAUGUGGACCUUUUGAAGCUUCAUCACACUGGGAAACUGUCACUCACACUGCUGAGAGAUGGACUGCUAGAUAGCUCUGAGCACCGCACUCUGGAGUCCUGCAUCCUACGAGUGGUCUAUCACGACAGACAGCAGGACACUGCUGAUGAUAGGGCAGUGUCUGCGGUGGCAGCAGUCACCAGGGAGAUUCUUCAAGAAGCAGCAGAGCACAUCGGACCAGCGCUGAGGGAGAAUCUUGGAGAGGCCUUGCGGCUGCAAACUGAAGCUUUGUGGAUGAAACAUGGCCGCCGGUCAGUGCAGCUGGAUGAGCUCAAGAGAUCCCUGGAGCAAUGGAGAGAUGUCCCUGCAGGUCAACCUGACUUGGAGCAGCUGCUGACUAAGGAACUGAAGGAGUUUUCUGAUGGAGAGAUGACCAUAGCUCUGUCUUCAGUAACCACCGAUAAGGAGGACUGGCAUGGUUAUGUGGAGGGGCUGAAAUUGUUCAGUCAUCGCCAUGGUUACGAAGGUUUGGUGGUUCUCCUAUCCAUCAAUGAUACAAUUCACCAUCCUCGCCAGCAGGUGGCUGUCUACUCAAACAACACAGAUAUCCUGAAUCAGAUAUGCUGUGAGUUGGAAGAGUCUUCUAGCUGGUCUCUUUCUGGUGAACUGGAGGAUAAGGAGCGUUUCCAGGUCUACCACAUCCCUCUGAAUACCCCAUCAUCCUCUGGUGCACCUCUACUGCUAAAGGAAGAGAUCAAGGGUCUUCUCAAGGACUUUGUCGACUGCCGGAGCUCUGUAUUAGCCUGCCACCCUAGCAGUAGGACCUCUUCCACAGAGGGAGUGGCUGGAAGUGUGGAGUUCUCCCAAGGAUCAUCUGGUAUCAAUGAUAUGGAUGGUUCUGACAUAGAGAGAGCCGAGGGGGGCAGUGGCGAUGUGGUGGCAAUAGCCAGGGUGAUAGCAGAUGGUCAAGAGGACACAGGAGGUGUAGGAGUCAGUGCUGGUGGGGAGCUAGUCAGCCCUGACAGUGGUAUGACCACCAUCCGCAGCAGCCGCUCCUCCAAGGAAAGUUCGGUGUUCCUUAGUGAUGACAGUCCUGUUGGUGACAUUAUAGCUGGAGGAGGUUCAACAGCAGGGCCAGGAGGACUCUUCCUGAGAAACCCCUCUCCCCUGGGGUUGUCAUCUCUGUCCCCUCCCAUCCCACCUGAGAGAAGGAAGCACCUCUCUAGCAGAAACAGGAAUGACAACUGGGACCUGUUUAGUUUUGACCCAAUACACAGCAGUGACCACUCUAUUCCCGGAGGAGGGGAACUGGUAAAUUCUGGAGUAAAAGGAGAUGGAGAAGAAAGAAGAGAAGGGAGCUCCAGCUUAUCAGAACUUGAAGAGUUGAGCUUGCUGGAUUUUUCUGCUCCCAAUUCACUAGGCAGGCUUGACAGUACCAUUUCUUCAACUGAACAUCCUGGCCAAAUUCAUGGGAAUGACAUGAAUGACACAGUGGUCCCGCCAACUCCGGUCAACAGCCUGGUUGGUAGCCGCCCACCAAGCAGUUGCGGGGUCAGGUUCUUCCCAGAAGAUGUAGUUGAAAGGAUCAGCUGCCUACAGCACAAGGACAGUGUUUCAUCAUCCUUGUCAGAGACCUGGGAUGAACUUGGCUUUGACACACAAGGAGCAUUGUCCUCAAGUGAUAAUAACACCUGGAAUAGGGCCAAGGAAUCUGAAAGCCCACAGAAUAUUGUGGAGGAAGUUGGAGGCAAACAGCCAGUUGCUGACAUGACAGAAAGAGAAAGCCGAGAAGAGAUCUUGAAGUCAGACAAUGCACACCAGAGGGCAAGGACCCUUGAACCUCAGCUUAGUCUGAUCACUGAGCAGACUGAAUCAUACGACAACUGGACCCCAGAGUUUGUACUUACAGAUCAAUGGGGCCCUGUUACUUUGGCUGAUCUGCAGUUGACACCACCAGAGGAGGAAGUAACUGGAAAAUGCAAAACUGGUAUCACUGGAGUGAAAGAAAAAACAUUAUCUUUGUCAAAAAACAAAGCAGCCCUAAACACUUUAACGCCAGAAACCUCUACAGAGGAGAACAAAGGAGUCCACGGAGAAAAAGGAGAUCGGCAGAUGGAGCUUCUGGACUUUUGGACAUACUCCGCUCAGAAGGGAUUUCUGAAAUCUGAUAGCGGAACCACCACGUCUUACCCUGAGUCUCUAGAUAUGUGGAAUAUGACAAUCCGGGAUGACAGUCUGUCACCUCUCACAACCCCUGACAACUUAUCUGAAAACUCAGGUUCUUUCUAUGGGAUCCAGCCCAAUGUUGUAGGUGCCACAUCUGUGGAAAGUCCAAUAGGAUUCUCAGAUUGUGGAAUGGAGAUGUGGAACACCACCAUUCGGGAAGACAGCUCUUCCACGAUAACAAGCCCCGGAGGACCUGAAAAUGAAAAGAACCUUAGUCACACGGGGUCAGUGGAUGCUACUUAUUCUCCCGAGGCACAUGCAACAAAACAGGUGGAAGAAGAGAACGCUAUAGUAGAGGAGAGAGGUAUGAGUAAGGCACUUAGUCAGACAUCUGAAGAAGUGGGGUGGAGAGGUAAUGAACCCAAUGUGAAAAUAGUCAUAGAAGUUGCAGGAGAUGAAACACAGGAUGAAGAAAGAGGGGAUGAUAGCAAGCAAAGUGUUCAUAGCCAACAGUAUGUAAACCAGAACUUAUCUGAAUAUCCAGAAGAUGAAACUUCCCCCUACCAAGGCACUAACAUGUGGGACUUCCCUGUUCUUGGCAUGGUCACCUCCACCUCAGAAUAUGACAAUGUGGGCGAUGGUGCAUGGAGCCUGACAUCUUCCCCUGAGACCUAUGCCAGCCCUGUAGUAGACAUGGUACAGCUAGAGGGGCAGUCUAGCCCGUUUAUAGCUUUAACCAGUCCUAUUCAGAGACAUGAGGGGCAAUAUCAAUAUGAGGAGGAUGAUGCAUUGGGAAAGACUGAAUACAGGUCAGUAAUUUCAAAUAAUGAGCAGCCAGUCAACCAAGUGUUCCUGUUUGAGGGAACAGCUGACUCGUGUCACCUCACCAGGAGUGGGAGACAUUCAGUUGAGAGUAAGGCUGAGGAGACUGACUGGACAGAGGAACCCAGUGACCAUUCCCCAUUUAUUCUGGUGGACUGCUCAUCCACCACACAGCUAAGUUCAGCCAGUUAUCAUUCAAGUCCAGGAGAAGCUGCUGAGAAUCGAAUCCAGACUGAGCAAUCGUCAUCCCCGUAUCAUGUGAACUGUAAUGAUCUUCUUUUGGGGAAACAUGACAACUCAGAAUCAGCUUCAUCAUCACAUGAUCUGCCAGUCAUAAUGGACCGCAGUGAAGACGGGCCUGUCAGUGAGAGCCAUGGGGGCCCUACCAAAGAGAGCAAUGGAAAGGUGGAGGCCAAAAUAACAGAAACACUGUCUCUGAGCUCCAGCUCUGGGGGGGAGAGAGACACACUGAAAUAUAGCCCUGACAGCUUUCACCCAGGUAGCCGAGAUGAACUCAGGUCUAAUUCUGAUGGAGAUUCAUCAUCAGGCCUAGAAAUGGAAUAUAUCAUUGUGUCGGGAAAAGUGAGAGAAGGUUAUGAUAGGACUAGACAGGGCAAUGGGCAAUCAAAAGGAACAAGAACAUCCAUGGAGACACUGAGCAUGCUUUCCUAUGCUGCCACAGUACUGCAGUCUCAGGCCCAAGCUGCACACAGAGAGCACCAGGAGAACACAGAUCAAAGCAGGCAAAGCCAAAGGAUCAGUGAUAGUGGCUGUACACUUAGUGCAGGUCCAGAGCAAAAUCAAGCUGUCUUAUCCACUCAUUACCAAGCUAGUCCUGAUAGUGCCACUGAGAAAUUCAUGGCACCAGAGAUGAUCAGUCCCAGCCAAUCAAAAAAUAAAUUUGAAGCAUUUCAUCAGUCAGAUUCAAGAGAAACAGGUUGCAGUCAAGCACAGGUAGAAAGAAACUAUGAGGAUAAAUCCCACAUUGUGGCUCGAAGUGUGUCUCCAUCGUUAAGAUAUCAGUUAGAUGAUGUCCUGAAAACCAGAGAGGAGGUCUAUGUCCAUUCACAGAUCUCAAUGGAAGAUUCAGAUGAGGAUGAGGGUGGGCAGUCACCCUCUGCACUGCCAUGUCCUACUGCUUUGGGUGACUUUCAGGUCUGGGGGGCUCAGUUAGGGAGUCGGGACACAUCUCAGACUACAUCAGAAACACAGUCCCCUGUACUCACCAACAGUUCGGUCUCACACAGCAGCUCUUUAAUUGGCACCCCAUUAAGUGACUCGGGUGUUUCUGUUGAGAGAGGCCUUGCGUUACCAUUUUCUGGAGAUUUAAUGGAAGAAGAAAAUGAUGAGGAAGAGCAGGAGGAGGGAACUGAUAGAGAGCACACUACAGUGCCAAAAUGGACUUCAGCAGUACAAAGUGAGAGGGAGGAAAGACAGCGAUUAGGCUCUUCUGAUCUGCUGAGUUUCACUGAGGAGGUGAUGGGAGCUGCUUCAUUUCAGCAAACAGAUUUACAAACACUCCAGCCAAAGAGGGACAGGUCCCUACAGAAUACUGCAGAUUACUAUAAUGGACAACCCCUAAGGACUGUUGAGUGUGAAAAAUGGUUGACUGAACAUCAGAUUGGAGACCAUGAAGCUUCCCAACAUAGCUAUUCACCUGUUUUAAGUAGACACCAAGAUAUGCUAUCCCAACUGUCAUCCCAGCCAGCCAAUGAGAAUGCUGCCUACCUGUGGACAAGCACUCAGACUGUAACUCAGGGUCAAACCCAGCGUGGCUACAACUACCACCACAUUGACCAAAGAACUGAAAACCAGAGCGCCUACUCAGUUGGAAUAGAUACUAAAACAAGCCACCAGCUAAACACCGCAGACGUCUAUGCUGAGUUUAUAACUGACACCACAGCUAUACAGUAUGGAUCUGAGCCGGCUGAGAACUAUUAUGAAACUGGAUUCAGUGCUGAGUACAGCUCGAAUGAUCCAGGAUCCAAGUUUCAGUAUGUAGCUGAAAUCCAGUAUGGAGAUGACACCACCUCCAUGUGCGCUGAUGACCAGAGUCAGUAUGAGACAGACCAUGCUCAUUACCAUUUUGACGAGCAGCCGUUGUACCAAUCAGAUAUCCAGCCUCAGAGGGAAGAUCACGCUCGUUAUGUGUCAGAGGGAUAUGUUCAGUAUCUCCUUUCAAGCAGACAUCCCCAACAGGGAGACAGUGCAGGAGGGAUGAUGAUGAAUAUGGCCUCCAGUGAGGAAGCUGCAGAGGAGAUGGAAAACACAGAAGACCCACCGUCCUCAGCAGAUCUUUCCGGCGGGUCCGGUCAAAGGAGAAAGUUGGCAGCUCCACCGAUGAAUGUAUCCCUGAACCACAGUGAGGAGUCUCUUCUCUCAGAAGAUGCCCUGGACACAGGGGAUGAGGCCUUGGAUACUGGAGACGACCUGGAUGUCAGCAUAAAUGAGCUGAACACACCUGAUGAGGGAGACUCACUGGAGUUCAACAGACAUGGGGAUGAAGCUAAUCUGGGUGCAGGAGUAACAUCGGCUAGUGCUGUUGCAGGACACGGAGCAGCUGUGGAGGGCAGGGACAGUAGGCUGUGGAGGAGCGUGGUGAUUGGAGAGCAGGAGCAUCGCAUUGAUAUGAAGUGCAUUGAGCCAUACAAAAGAGUCAUUUCUCAUGGAGGUUAUUAUGCUGAGCAGAAUGCCAUCAUCGUGUUUGCAGCAUGUUUCUUACCGGACAGUGACUGUGACAAUUACAAUUAUGUAAUGGAAAACCUUUUUCUGUAUGUAAUAAAUACCUUGGAACUUAUGGUGGCAGAAGAUUACAUGAUUGUUUACCUGAAUGGCGCCACACCCCGCAGGAGAAUGCCUGGUUUUACUUGGAUGAAAAGGUGCUACCAAAUGAUAGAUAGAAGACUGAAGAAGAACCUUAAGAUGUUCAUCAUUGUUCAUCCUUCCUGGUUCAUACGGACUUUACUAGGAAUAACCAGACCCUUUAUAAGCUCAAAGUUCAGCAGCAAGAUUAAGUAUGUGAAUAGUCUGCAGGAGCUUGGAGAAAUCAUCCCACUGGAAUAUGUCCACAUUCCAGCCAGUAUUGUCAAGUAUGACGAGGAGAUGGGUAUACAUAAAUUUGCAUGCCUGAGACUGGACACAGAUUUGCAAGAGACAACAACAAAAGCCGACAAGAAGGGGAACUCAGCUGUCUGACAAUCAGAAGAUACCUGGCUGCUGGCUGUCUUGCCCCUGCAUUGUGCUGUACUCUACCACAGCAUGUCUGAAUAUAAACAAGCCUGCAGCAUGAUGUGUAUUGCAUAUAGCUGUUACACCAACAGCUAGCAAUGAGUUAGCAUGCUGUGGUUAAAAACACCAGGCAGUUGUUUGUUCGCUGAGGAAAGGACUAACCUGAGGGUGCUAAAUAAAAUACAGUAUUUACAGUGCAGCGGCUGUCAACUGAGCUAAGACGAAGAUGCAUUUGGUAGCUUCUGUUUUCUUUGUAUUCAUCUUAAAUUUCAACACUGCUUUAAUUCCUAUUUCUUUCAUGUUACUAACUUUCUUUGCUUCACCCAUGCUUUAGUUCUCCCUGUCAGUUCCUAGCUGUACCUUCUGUGAAACAUGGUAGUAUUACAGUAAAUGUGGAUUCUCUGAAGCCAUAACAAGGUCGUGAACAAAAUGUACUCACAAAUAUAGAUUUGUAUUCCCUGGACACCUACGAUGGUAUUGUGUUAUAGCUCUGUCACCACUAUAAGGCCAAGGGAUUCUUAGACUCUAGUUUUGUUUAGAAAAAUAUGAUAUACUCAUCACUGCACCUGUUCAGUUUGUAAUAUAUGAAAUGGAGCAGCAAAGCUGGAUUUUAAAUAGUUUACAACGGUGUAAGUGGCUCCUAUCACAGAGUUUUUACACAAUAUCUCAUUUAACAUCUCAGUAUUAAAAGCUACAAAUAGGGUAUUUUAUUAAUACUGUAUAUCACUGUGAAAAUACUUGGAAUGUCAUCAUAAAGGUAGCAAAAUAGCAGUUAUCGCUAGUCUCACUGCAGUAAUGUGUUGCAUGUUUCCAGUUCAUACAGUUUCAGGUUACUCUGAUCUGCUUACCCACCCUAAAACAGGAUUGUGUACAUUUACAGUUAGUGCUUAGUUUUCUGGGUGUGUGUGAGAGAAAGAGAGAGAGAAACAGAGAAGGGUGAUCAGAAAAUACUGUAUAUUCACAA